CGGAAGACAAGCAAUGUGCCCGUAGUGUACUGAAAGCCUGAGAGAGGGAAAUAUAUCGGGAGAGUAACGUGAUGAGGAGCGUGUUACAGGUGGUGGCCAUGUACAUUUUAUAGAAAAAUGCCUUGCUGACAUCCGUGUUGGAUCCUUCAUUAAAAAUGCCUGACAAAGAAAGUGAGGCAACGACCAGAACUAAAGCACGUUUUGAAGAAGUCUUCCGGAGCUAUACUACUUUUUCUGAUGGGAAAAAUACUUCAAAUACGAAGAAAAAAAAUCAAGGCGAGCAUAUAGUACUUGAAACCUUUAAGAACCAGCUUGAUCUCUCCAAGGAAAGUGAAAAUGAAACAAUCAUAAAUAAUACGUAUAAUGCAGAAGAGGAAAGUCCACGAUACAGAAAAAACAAGUUGAGAGAGAAGAUUCCUGCCACUGAAAAACAGAGUAAUGUCAUUGCUGAAGAUUAUGUGCCAACAAAGACUAAAACAAAGAAAACUACUGUUGCCGAGAUACAAUUUGAGUCAGAACAUGAUCAGUACAAGAAUAUUUCCGGUAAAAAGAUUCCAAAAGGUGGCAAAAAGAAGGGGAAAAGUGUUGUAAUAGAAGAAGAAGAUCCAACAGAUCCAACAGAUUUUGAUGACAAUGAUCAGCUAAUUGAAGCAUAUAGACUUCAGUUUUCACAAGAAGAGACCAAUGAAAUUAAAGAGAAGAUAAAAAAGAAACUCAAGGCCCGAAUUUCUGAAAUUUCUACCAAUACUGAAAAUCAGCCGGUUUCACUGAACAAUGAAAUUGGGGUUAAAAAAAAGAAAAAGAAAAAGGAGUUGACCACAUCUGUAGCAGAAACCAGUUCAAUGUUUGUUUCGGAAGCUGAGAACCAACCAGCUUACUUAACCAUUCAAUCCCAGGAACAUAUGUCUGCAUUAGAUGCUUCUAAGGAAUCUCAAAAUUAUCUUGGCCAAGAUGAGGAGUUUACAAAAGCUAAAAGAAAAAAAUUGAAAAAAAUUGAAAAAUCAGUCACAGAUAAUGAAUUGGGGACUGGAAUAGAAGAUCAUAUUGAAGACCGAAGCAGUUCCAGACAUGUUUAUGACGACAGCCUUGUGCUAGGAAUCUAUAUUCACCGCUCUGAUAAGUUAAAAAUUGACAUUAUGAGUUCUUACCCUGUAGUAAAAAUUCAUGUUUUUGAUCAAAGCACUGGAAACUAUGUCAGGAAAGAGAACAGAAGUGAUGCAGUCUCCUCAUUUAAUGAACAAGACAAAAAUGACUACAUUCACCCUCUCAUGACACAAGCAUAUGACUUCAGGAAACUUAAAUCUCCAGUUCCCGAAUGGGAUGAACAAAUCAUAUUUAAUGAACGGUUUCCUUAUUUCUUGCAAGACAAUGAAGACAACCCUAAAGUAAUUCUGUUCUUUGAGAUUCUUGAUUCGAUUAGUGAUGAUCAUGCAAGAACUAAUUUUGAAAUACAAGUUCAGGAAAAAGUGUCUCAGAGUGUUGCUUGGGCUUUUUUAAAGCUUGUUGGUGCCAACGAUGUUCUCAAUGUAGACACAAAACUUCGCCUACAGCUUUAUUAUCCACCUCCAAGGGCUCGUUUAAUGUCCAGUUCUACCAUCUAUGAUUGGUGGUUAAAACAACAUAGAAGUAAAUAUCCCUCAACUUUAUAUGUGACUAUUAAAGGUUUGAAGCUGCCAGAUAAUGUGAAGGCUUCUUUUCAUGACUCUCUGGCCAUGCACCAACAGCUGGGAAGCAGCAUAUCUCACACAGACCUGGAGAAUGAAAAUGUAUCAAAAACUAGUGAGGCCACAGAAAGUAACCGGAAGGAGCCAUUAAGGUGGACAAGGCUGCCUGGGCAGGCUUGCCACAUUCCAAACAAGCGUCUACUUUCCCUGCGUGCGGGACAUAUGGGGUGCUUCUCUGUUUGCUUUUCUAAUGAUGGGCGAACACUGGCAGCUGCAUGCGCAGACAGAGACGGUUAUCCAAUAUACUUGUAUGAGAUUCCUUCUGGGCAGUAUAUGAUGGCGCUUCAUGGUCACCUUAGUGUUGUUUAUGAUCUUUGCUGGUCCAAAAAUGAUCAGAACUUGCUUUCAGCCUCUUCUGACUGCACGGUCAGGUUAUGGACACCUGGCCAUGAAACCUCAACUGCUUGCAAAGUAUUGCCACAUCCAUCUUUUGUGUACGCAGUGAAGUUCCACCCAAUGGCUAACAAUUUGGUUGUCACUGGAUGCUACGAUUCUGUUAUAAGGGUAUGGAAUGUGAAAGUGAAGGAAAUCAACGGCCAACUUUUACAGGAAUUUACCGGACAUAAUAGUUUCAUUAAUACACUGUGUUUUGAUUCUGAAGGGCAUCAGAUGUACUCUGGAGACAGCUCUGGGACUAUUAUUGUUUGGAAUACUCAGAUCAACCGAAGUUCUCAGCGCAAUCCCUUACAGUACUGGAGCAUUGUAAAGGAAAUAAAAGAACCUGAUAUGAAAGGUAUUCCAGUGAAUUAUUUGCAAGUUCAUCCAAAUGGGCGGCGUUUAUUAAUUCAUGCAAAAGAUAGUACGCUCAGGAUUAUGGACCUCAGAAUACUGGCUGUAAAAAAGUAUAUUGGGGCAACACAUUUCAGGGAGAAGAUUCACAGCACCUUUACACCAUGUGGGACAUUUGUCUUUUCAGGAAGUGAGGAUGGCAUGGCAUAUGUGUGGAAUGCUGAAACAGGAGAUAAAGUUGCAAAGUACUCAGAUCUGUCGUACGCUGCACCUCUCCGUGAUGUUGCCUAUCACCCUCAUGAACACAUGGUGGCAUUUUGUGCCUUUGGACAAAACCAACCAAUACUUGUAUACGUUUAUGAUUACAAAGUUGCCCAGUUAGAUGCAGAGGUUGCUGCUGGUUCCAAUAAUUCUGAAAUUCGAACUUUCGAUGAGUUGUCCGGUUCAUCAGAUCGUUUUUUCAAUGCUGCAAAAACAUCCAUGAGAAUGAUGAAAGUGAAACAGAGAUUGGAUUCGGUUUUGAGUGGAUCAAAUAAUUUGCUACCAGCUCCAUCACUGCUUUCACCACAUUCCAAACUUGGGCUCCCUAGAACACAGACCAACCAGAUGUUUACUCAACCCAUUAGCACAAACUCAUUUGGUGGCUUUAGUCCUGUUGGACAUACGCUUAGUCGCACACCAUCAGUCAAACUACAAAUGAGUAAUACAGAUGCAAAGGUUUCAUCACUUAAAAUUGAAGCUGAUAGUGUGUUGCCAGUUCAAGAGACAGUUGUGGCUCUGUAUGACUACACAGCACACCGAUCAGAUGAGCUAACCAUUCAGCGCAGUGACAUUAUCCAUGUGUUGUACAAAGAUAAUGACAAUUGGUGGUUUGGCUGUCUAGCAAAUGGACAACAAGGCUAUUUUCCAGCAAAUUAUGUGGCUACUGAAACUCAACUUGAGGAAAGUCAGUCUUCAGCAGAAACUUCAGCUCUUGUGCACAAGGAGUAUUAUGAUAUAGAAGAGACCCCCAAAAGACUUCCUGGGAUGUCUGUGGUGCCAAACAAGUCAAAGGAUCUGAAAUUUAUGUCACAGCAUGACACAGAUGCAGACUCACCUGUGACACAUGGAAGAAAACUGAAAACGCUUCACUUUGAUGAAUCUAAUUUGAUUAGGUCAGACUCAAAUUUGUCUGCUGGCAUUCAACCCUCUACCUCUACAAGCUCAGCUUUGAAUGAAUGGGGGCUACAAGCAAGACCAGAGUUUAGUGUAAAACCCAAAAGGAAGAAAAAACUUAAACAUAUCAAUUCUGCUGGGAAAACAAAUAUUGCAUUUGAACCAGAUACCUAAGUUAUAUGACACACACACAAAUUGCUCAAAUUGCUUUCAUUUUGAUGCGUUUGGAUAUGGAGUAGGUUUACUACCACCUAUGUAGAAACUUCCUCUAGAUUCUUGGAAGUUGACAUGGCCAUGUGACCUCAGACAAAGUAACCUCAAGUUCUUUGAAGUUUAGUGCCAUUGUUGCUGUAUGAUUUCUUUUAAUUUAAGGGAUCUCCAACAGCCAAAAUUAUAAAUGAGUGCACUUUCUAUUUAAACGAGUAGAGCUUUAGGUUAAUCCUAGAGUAGACGUCAUAAUAAGGAAUCAUGUCAAGCAACAUUAAAUCGAAUGACCAAUAGGGACAUUUUAUUUUAAAUAAUGUUGUUAUUUUACCUUCAUUUUGAACUUGAAGUUUGUUUCAGCUAACUUAUCUAUGCACAAAUCAAUUUGCAAACCUGAUUUAACAAAAAGAUGUAAUUUUAAGUGGUGUGUCUAUAAUUAUAAAAGUAUAAUGCACUUUCAGAUCACCCUUUUUAUAUCUAUAUUUUGUAUGAAGGACUAUUUUAGUAGAUAUUCACAAUUACAGAUACAAAGUAGUAACACGUUACAGAAGGAUUUCAAGGUUUUUGUUUAGCUUUAUUUUAGCAAAUAAAGCUUUAUUGUUGAUCAGGAUUUUUAAAGGGAUGAAGCAAAUAUUUUAUCGAAAAUUCUUCACUAAUUUCCAAUUAGUGGCACACGAAAUGAUUAUAAGAGGAAAAAAACACCAUCAGUGUAUAAAGCAGUAACAGUUCAUCUGUAGGUCCAACUUCUAUAUAGCCAGACUACAAAAAACAAAAAAAACAUUGAAAUGUAUAUACUAAAGAAAAACUGCAUUCCAACAAUAGAUACAUUUUUUUAAAAAAAGACAGAAAAAUGAGGCUUCAAUUGUACAGAUUUAAAGUAGAAUUGGCAGAGCAGUCUGCCACGUUAAGGAUUUCCUGUAGAAAAUCCCCAGAGAAAUAACCUUCAGAGGUUGAAGCAUCAAGUGAUGGGUUAGCCACUCCAAAGGAUAUCAGUCACUGUGCCCAAGAAGACAGUAUUAUGAUUUAACUACAUAAGAAGGAUAUGAAAUAUGGAAAUAACAUAUAUUUGUACAUAUUGUCACUGGCAACAUUCAGAGUAUAGUAAAUCACAACUAUAUCCAGUUUGGGAAGAACAGAGAUCCAAAUGAAGGAAAUGAGGAAAAGAAAUGUAUUUAACUUUGCCAAAUAUUUGUGUGAGAGAAUUACAGUACAUUUAAAAAUGACAAAACAAGUCUGUCAUCACAGAGCUGAGUGUAUCUGUGUAGUGAAAAAUUGUCAAUGAAAAAAAGGAGUUGCUGUGACUGACCAAUAAACCCUACAGUAGGUCUGUAAAAUUAUCCUUAUCUUGUUCCAAGCACUAACAUAGCCAUUGAGACCAAACUAUAUAUAAAAAGACCAUGAGGCCUAUUUACCAAAUGUCUGUCGGACCUGAUCCGACAGUGUGGAUCAGGUCCGACAGACAUCGCUGAAUGCGGAGAGCAAUACGCUCUCCGUAUUCAGCAUUGCACCAGCAGCUCUUGUGAGCUGCUGGUGCAACGCCGCCCCCUGCAGACUCGCGGCCAAUCAUCCACCAGCAGGGAGGUGUCAAUCAACCCGAUCGUACUCGAUCGGGUUGAAUUGUGGUGAUCUCUGCCCGCCUGCUCAGAGCAGGCGGACAGGGUUAUGGAGCAGCGGUCUUUAGACCGCUGGUCCAUAACUUGCGUUUCUGGUGAGUCUGAAGACUCGCCAGAAACACGGUACCACAAGCUCCAUACGGAGCUUGAUAAAUGGGCCUCCAUGUCUCAAGAAUAAAAAAAUAAAAAAAAAAAGUAAUUUGUUUGCCUCCUCUGAAAGACAUACAAACUACUAAUUUUCUAAUCUGGCAUUAACCAGAAGUCAAUCCUGAAGUAAUAUGUGAUGGGUUUGCUGGAAUUCUAGAAUAGAAUGAAUGCCUUAUAUUCAUAGAUGUUCCUGAGGUUGUUAAGAGGUAAAGGUGAAAUCAUGUCCAAAAUUUGUUGAGCAUCAAUUUACCUAUCUUUUCGAGAGUAUUGCUAGUGGGGGUUCCUGCAUUAAUAUCUAAAGUUGGGAUUAUUUUGCCCAAUACAUGAAAUAUCACACAUCAAACAAAAAGCUAUUGCUAAGGAACAGUAGAAGAAUACUUCAAGCAGUUUUUACUGAGAUUUACUUUUCGAGUCAUCUAAGAAUCUAGAGUAGAAGCAGAUGACUACCCAAGCCAGAAGGCUAAUAUUGUAUUGCAGGAUAGAGACUACAGAAAGCUCAAUUUUCGCUUUGCUAUUUAAGAGCAACCAAUACAUUUCCUGCUAAAUUAUUUGCUCAUGGUCAGAGAUUAUAAAUAGGACAAAGCCAGUCUGUUCCUUGUUGUCAGGGGUAGGGAAAUUGCCCUGUUUGUCCCCCCACUACAACCACCUUGGGUCUGCCAGAUGGGAAUGUGUGUAUGCAAAACUUGCCACAAAGUGCUUGACUUUUAUGUCUUUACAAAAUCAAACACUGUCAGGCUCAAAUUAAUAAAAAAAAUAUAUAUACUGUGUAUGUGUGUAUAUAUAUAUAUAUAUAUAUAUAUAUAUAUAAUGAAUAAUUGGGUGAACUGUGAGGUGAAUGGACUACUAAAUGAACUGCUCAGAAUGCAGUGAGUGCUGAUCAAAUACAAUAAAUAUGAGUAGGGGAGAGCUGUUACUUUCUUUAUACAGCAUGGUAUUUUUUUUAUUGGUUAUUAUUUUAAUCUUGUGAUGUCAUCUGUUGCCAUGCUCCUGUUUGGCAGUAGUGAAAAGAGUUUCCUGUCUUUUAAUAAAUUGUUUUUGUACAGUUGGUUAAAUCAUUGGAUUUCUAAAAAUAUGUAAUGAAAUUGUACUAAUUUUAAUAUUUAUUUGAUGUUAAUUUAUAUAUAUAUUAAAAUAGUAUGCAGCCAUUGUUGUGAUUAUUUUUAUAGUAGUUUUUAAAGCACUUUAAUCAUGUUUAUUAUUUUGUAAUUAAAAAAAUAUUUUGAAACA